UGCAUGUUUUAAAAUUUAAAAAAGAGGAUUUAAUAUAUACUUCUUGCUACUGUGAAGAGAAUGUACACAUGUUAUGUACUGAGAUUAAACGAACACAACCUGAAUUAUUAAAGAACUUUUUUGUUGUUUUCAUUAGUAAUGAGAAGCGAUCAGUCCCAUUAUGGAAGCAGUUAGCGGGCAUCAAGAAUGAUAGACCAUUUGUGAUCUGGGAUUAUCAUGUCAUACUUUAUUAUAGACCCGCAAAAUUAGAAAACUCACUUAUAUAUGAUUUUGAUACAACCCUUCCAUUUCCUUGUCAAGCGUUAGAAUAUGUAAAAGAGACUUUUAAACCAGAUUUAUUUUUAAAAGAAGAAUAUAAACAUCAUUUUCGGCUUAUUUCUGCUCAACUUUAUUUAGACUAUUUUCAAUCUGAUAGAAGCCACAUGCUCAAGGAAGAUGGUACUUAUAUGGCUCCUCCACCCUCUUAUCAAGCUAUUAUAAGCAGUGAAAAUGGUACAUCUAAUUUAGAUUAUUACAUUUCAAUGAAGCCGCAUUCAAGUGUUGAAGAAAAAUAUGGUGUUGUCUAUGAAUCUGUUGACUUUUUUAUGCAUUAAUAUUUUGGGUUUAUUUUCCCAGUCGAUUCGUAUAAUUGAAUGGCGUUUAAUAAAGAAUCUUCAGAAACUCGAUGCUGCAUUAAAAACUGAUCGUUCAAAUGAACAACGGGUAUAUCAAACAUAUAUUUAUCACUGAAUUCUUUAGGGCACUCUUCUUUAUUAUGGAUAUCUAAUACUUUUAAAGCAAAUGGUUUCUUUUUUUGAACAUUGAGAAUCGCUUGCUUAGCUGUAUUACAUAAAGAACAUGUGCUUGAAGAAAAUAAUGUCAAAGUCACCUUUCUUAUAGUCAUUGUUAUUAAAAAAAAAAAAAAAAGAAA